AUGUUAAGGGCAACGACUAAAAAUUUAGAUAAAAGUGUUGUUGGUCGACAAUUAUUCGCCUUUAUUAAUAACAAAAACAGCCAAAUAGUUCAGCGUCGUUUGUUUGCAAGUGUUAUUGACGCUCCUGUUCAUGUAUCAACCAUUGCAAACGGUGCUACUGUUGUUGCUAUCGAAGAUCAAACACCAGCUUCUUCCGUCUCAAUUGUAGUUAAAGCUGGGCCUCGAUUUGAAACACCAGAUAAUGUUGGGGUUACUAAUUAUCUAAAGAACUUUGCAUUUAAGGCAACAUUUCGUACCACACGUGAAGUAGAAUUGCUUGGUGGUGUUUUAUCCGCGAAUUUGACUCGUGAGAAUUUAAUUCUAUCUGCGGAAUUUCUUCCUGAAGAUUUACCUUUUUUCUUGGAAAUUUUAUCUGAUACAAUCUCGAAAACCAAAUAUACACAUUAUGAAUUCAAAGAUGUCAAAAACUUGGUUAAUUUGGAAUCUGCUGCUAUCGAAUCAGUCCCCGAAGUGCUUGGUCUCAAUGAAGCUCAUGCAGUAGCUUUUCGUACUGGACUUGGAAAUUCACUCUUUGCUAAACCUUCAACAAAAGUCACAAAUGUAGAUAUUGUGAAAUCAUUUGCUGAAAAAGUAUAUACAGCUUCAAAUAUCACAAUUGUUGGUACCGCUAUUGAUCCCAAACGAUUAGCGGAAUUAUCAGGACAUUAUUUUAACGAUUUAAACAGCGGAGCUCCUCUAGUCGCCGCAACAGCUGACUCAAAAUAUUAUGGUGGUGAUGCGAGAAUUCCAAAUUCUUCAUCCAUUAGUCAUUUUGUACUUGGAUUUCCUGGUGCAGCUUUAGGCUCCAAAGAUUACGCGAUACUACAAAUCCUACGAUUCAUAUUGGACGGAGAGAAACAUACUAAAUGGGGUGUUGGUGUAACUGCAUUGGCUCAAACGAUCAAUAAAUUAUCGGCUGGUACACAAAUGACUGCAUUUAAUGCUGGAUACUCGGAUAUUGGUUUAUUUGGUGUUUUGAUUCAGGGUUUUCAUCCAGGAUCAAUCAGUAAAGCCGCCGAAGCCACAGUUGAACAAUUAACUAAUGUUGCAAAGGGAUUAAUUUCUAACGAAGAAUUUAAAAGAGCUUUGGCGAAAGCAAAAUUUGAUACUGCUGUUUCUUUUGAUACUAGAGCUUUGAAAACUGAACUUUUGGGCGCUUAUCAGGUUUCUACGUCAGCUCCUUCUGCACUUAACGCGUAUGCAAAUAUAGACACUAGUGAUGUUCAAGAAAUUGCUCAAAAAAUUUUGAAGAGUAAACCAACAGCGGUCGCAGUCGCUAUUUCCAGUAAAAUAGUUUCCCGAAAUGUAAUAAUUGCGGCAAAAGAUCCGGAUACAUUAAAGUAUGAUGUUAUUGUGGUUGGAGGUGGUCAUGCCGGAACAGAAGCUUGUGCAGCCGCAGCUAGAACUGGCUCAAAAACUUUAUUGAUCACUCAUCGGCUGGAUACGAUAGGUGAAAUGUCAUGUAAUCCAUCAUUUGGUGGAAUUGGAAAAGGAGUACUUGUUCGAGAGAUUGAUGCUUUAGAUGGAUUAUGCGGAAAAAUUGCCGAUAUCUCUGGUAUACAAUUUCAUGUGCUAAAUCGAUCAAGAGGACCAGCCGUUCAUGGACCUCGUGCGCAAAUAGAUCGAAAGCUUUACAAACGGAACAUGCAAGAGUGUCUUUCUAAUUAUCCAAACUUGGAAAUUAGAUCUGGCAGUGUACAUGAUAUUAUUAUGACGCAUCCAUCGUCGAUAUCUCUUGAUACAACAACAUCUAGAAAUCGAGAUUCUUCGCCACCAUGUUACGGACAAGCUCAGGGUGUGAGACUUGAAUCGGGUGAAUUGAUAAAAGCUUCAAAGAUUAUUAUUACUACUGGAACUUUUCUGCAAGGAGAAAUUCACAUUGGUAAAACUGCAUAUCCUUCAGGUAGAAUCGGUGAAGCAGCUUCCGUUGGAUUAUCUAAAUCAUUAGAAUUGGCUGGAUUUCGUCUUGGCAGGCUAAAAACUGGAACUCCUCCUCGUUUGGAUGGUAAAACAAUAAAUUAUACUAAUCUGCGUCCUCAGUAUGGAGAUGUGCCAGCCACUCCAUUUUCUUAUCUUCAUACAUCAGUGCCAUUUGAAUCUCAACAAGUUCUAUGUCAUCAGACAAGAACUAAUUCUGCGACGCGUAAAAUUAUUCUUGAUAAUUUAUCAGAAUCUAUACAUAUUAGAGAAACGGUCAAAGGUCCAAGAUAUUGUCCUUCCAUCGAAGCAAAAAUAAUGCGAUUCACCGAUAAAGCAGGUCAUAUUAUAUGGCUGGAGCCGGAAGGUUUUGAUACUGAUGUCGUGUACCCAAAUGGCAUCUCGAUAACUUUACCUGAAGAAAUUCAGCGAAAGGUACUUAAAACAAUAUCAGGAUUAGAAAAUGCAACAAUGCUAAGACCAGGCUAUGGUGUAGAAUACGAUUAUGUUGAUCCCCGUGAAUUGCAUCCUACUCUGGAAACCCAUCGUAUUAAAGGGUUAUAUUUGGCUGGCCAGAUUAAUGGAACGACGGGAUACGAGGAAGCAGCUGCACAGGGAAUAAUCGCUGGAAUAAAUGCCAGUCUUUCAAUUCGCGGUAAACCGCCAUUCACAUUAGAUCGCGCCGAUGCUUAUAUUGGCGUACUUAUCGACGAUCUAGUGACCAAAGGUGUUGAAGAACCAUAUCGAAUAUUCACGUCACGAUCGGAAUAUAGACUGUCGUUGAGAGCUGAUAAUGCUGAUUAUCGGCUAACACCUAAAGGCAUAUUUAAAAUUAUUGAUAUAAACUCUGUUUGCAUGGUAAUACUAUGGAAACUAUUCAAAGAAACCGAGUCGCAAAUGUCUCGUGGUACACAAAUACUUGAAGAUUUUGAAUUGUCGCCGCAGAAAUGGAAGGUUUUAGGCAUAAAUAUUAAUCAGGAUGGGAUCAAACGAAGUGCAGUUCAAAUAAUGGGUCAACAUGGUAUAACAUUUGAUCGUCUCGCUGAAUUAGUUCCGGGACUUUCUGACAUUUCGCCUUCAUUGAGAAAUCGAUUAUGGAUAGAAGGUCUAUACCGGAUAUAUCUAAAAAAACAAGCAGUCGAAGUUGAAGAAUUCAGAAAAGAUGAACGACUUCAGAUACCUGAUGACAUUGAUUAUGACAAAGUUUAUAAUCUUUCAGUUGAAGUACGAUUAAAAUUGAAAUUAGUUCGACCAACAAGUUUGGGUGCCGCAAAACGUAUAGAAGGGAUGACACCAGCCGGUAUUAUAACCCUACUUAAAUACGUAAAAAGACAACAAAGAUUUAACUAUGCACCUCGUGUGUUUUCGUUGACUGAAUUCCAUCAAGGACAACAACAUUCUAAUCAACAUAAUGAAGAACCAUCCAUUCAAGACAUAGGAAUUAGCAAUCUAAGUCUCUACAACAUUUUCAUUAUAUAA